CAUUUCGGAUUGCAUCUGUCUUGACAAUGUUGCCGGCCAAGGCGUUGCUCCAGACGGUCUGGUUAUCUGCAUUGUCGGUCUCGCGCAGCAGUCCACGCAUGUGAAAACAAAGCCUUGUUCAAGAUAAGACCUCUCACUUGCUCAGCAUAACAACUGCUCACCGUGUUUCCUUGAUUCAGCGACCGAGGUAAACCUACUUUCUCCGUCACGCUCGUGAGACCAAGCCGGACUUCUUUUUCGACGGCCCGAUGCCGUUCUUCCGCAAGCAGAAACGAGGAGGCCCUCCCCCUCCACCAUCGCAGCCUGAUCCCCAAGCCAGCAAGCCUCCAAAGACGGGCAGCCACUCGAUCCACGCCCUGUUCACUGGCAAAAAGCCCAGGCCCGCCGCCCAUCCACCCAACGGCAGCGAAACAAGUACCACCACCCCCAAACCUCAGGGAGCAUUCUCAAUCUCCUUCCACCCCAAGCCCCAACCCACCCUCUGCUGGCAGAACAUCGAUCCCCCGGACAAUCUAUUGGUGUCGCUAGAUGAGAAAGCCCUCGAACAGCAAUUCCUGUUACACCGACCCCGAGCCCGAGCCACCGCGAUGAUCGACACCAGCCGAACUACCUCGCCCACGUACACGUCCCCGAAGGCAGCAGCAGCAGCAGCCGCAGCAGCAGCCACUCUCCUCCCCGGCUACAACGACGUGAGCGGCUCCGUCAUCGUCGACUGGAACGGGUAUCCGCAUUUCCUCUCGCCGCAGGAGGAAGUCGACCGGAAACUCCAGCUGGAAGCUGCGGUGCAGGAGCGGAUGCUGGGGUUGCCGAGGCGGACGGAUUUCGCCUGGGAGCGGCCCGCGACCCUUACUCAUCACCAGCAGCAGGGUUGUGGGCAUUAUGCGCCCCCGAGGUAUACGCCGGCGGGCGCGAAGUCGGGUUCGCGGUCUUCGUGUCAGAGUACGAGUAGCAGUGGUAGUGGGUCGUCUGGUCGGAGGUGAUGGGAUGGGAUAUGGGAUUGGGUUCGGGAUAAGCGGACGACGGCAUCAAGGGCACUCCACGGAUGCAUGAUUUCGGAUCAGCGGCUGGUGAUGCGCUCGCGGGAACGGAAGGCACUUUCCUCGACUUGGGUUGCCGUGCCCCGUGAGACUUGGAUUACAGGUUUAUGAUUGACGACUUAUGACUGCGUGGAGCGAGACAUAUGAUGGUUGAGUUAGAACGAACAAGAGGAG